UAUCUGCGCUCCCUAUAAAAAGGCUCUGUAUCUGGAGAACUGAAUUUGCUGGCGCUUUCACUUUGAAGGCGCACUCCCUCUCUCUAUCCACAAAAAACAAAACACUAAUAUUUGGGAAGAAAAAGCAAAAUGCCGAGAGGACAGAAAGUCGUGAAACCAUCAUGUUCAUCCUCAAUUACACCGCCAUCGUCAUCACCGCCGUGGGUGGAGCUUCCGAUGGAAAUCACGGCAAACAUUCUGCAGCGGCUGGGAACGGUAGAGAUACUGGAGAAUGCAGAGAGAGUUUGUAGUACGUGGUGGAAGGUGUGCCAUGACCCCGCUAUGUGGCGUGUUAUUGAUUUGAAAUAUGACGAUCCUAGUUUCAAGACGACUAGGGUUUUGGAGCAGAUAUGUCGGAUUGCUGUGGAGCGUAGCCAGGGCCAGUUACUCAAAAUUAACAUCGACAAUUUUGGUAGCAAAGAUUUGCUCGACUACAUUGCUCAGAGAUCAAGUCAGCUCAGACAUCUCCGACUUGUCAAGUGUUAUAACUUAGCUGGAGGUUUGGCUGCAGUUGCCAAGAAUUUCCCGUUGUUGGAGGAGUUGCACUUCCACUCCACCGUGAUUACUCAAGAUGAUAUAGAAAGUGUUGGUUGCUAUUGCCCUCUGCUCAAGUCAUUUAUAUUGAAUGACAGUGUAUCCGUUAUAUUUGGACUUCCAUCAUCUCACGGCGAUUAUCAAGCUCUAGCUAUUGCCAGAAGUAUGCCUAAAUUGCAGCACCUUUCGCUUCUUGAGAAUACCUUCACAAAUGUAGGAUUGCAGGCCAUUCUUGAUGGCUGUCCACACCUUGAAUUGCUUGACUUGCGGCGCUGUUAUAAUCUAAAUCUUGAAGCGGAUUUAGGAAGAAGAUGUAGGCAACAGAUUGUAGAUUUAAAACUCCCUCAUGAUUCCACUCAUGAUUAUGAAUUUGAUUCUGGACUUGGGCAUUACUGGGCUUUUGAUGAUGGCUACAAAUCUGUGUUCGCCGAUAUUGCUUAUGAUUAUAGUCACGUCCUUGGCCUCAGAGACUAUCAAGAGUAUGAUUAUGGUUACUUUGAUGAAGAAGAAGAUUACUUUAAUUGAUGACUCCAGUUACUUUUAUUGAUGUCAUGUUCAAACCAAAAAUUACUGAUGGUUUUUGGUUGCUUUUGGGUUAUAUGCAUGGCAUCUUUUUGCAACAGUAACAGGUGAUAUGUUUAGUUUUAUACAUAGUUUGCUGCUUGAUUGUAAUUAGAAUGACCAAACUAAUCCUCUACCUUUUGCAUUUGAGGUGGCCUAAUAGAUAACUUUUGCCCUU